UCAGUAUAUAAUAAUGUUAUAUAUAUCUCACAUUUCAUAUUCUCUUUAUUAAACCCAAAAAAGCGAAGCAAAAUUACGAAAAUAUACCCAAAAUCUCUAUUCUUCUUAUUUUGAGUGCCCUAUUUGGAAUUAAUUACAUGCAGCUAAAAGAAUAAUUCAAACUAAAAGCCUACUAUUCCUUCCUCAAAUAAUACUUUCACACCCCUUUUUCGGACACCAAAAAACACACACACACACACACACCACCACCACCAUCGUCGAAACCCCCCCUCCAAAUCACAAUUACCCUAAAAUCAAAAACUUUCAACUACCCAACCAUUCAGCAUAAAACCAUAACCAGAAUAACAAAAAAUAAAUAAUUAACAAUUCAAGAAACCUUCCAAAUUUCAACAUCCCUUUGGAAAAAUCGUAGUUUUGUACUCACCCUCUUGGAUCUCUCUCUCUCUCUCUCUCUCUCUCUCUCUACACGCAUAACUACACGCAGAAAACGCCAUUCGUUGAUUUUAAUCUCUCUCCACGUAUCUCUGCUGUUCGUGGGGGAGAAGAAACCAUGGGUACAAAACCCAAGAGAGAAGAUGAUAUAUAAACUGUAAUCAAAGAUUACAUUUUUAAUUUUUUUUUUUUUUUUGGGUAAAUGCAAGAAUGAAAAACCCGGCAAAGAUCCUGACCCAAUUCCCAAAACGGGCCCUGGAUCUCGACUGGCGGAUCCUAACCCUCAUCCUAAUCUCCGUCACCUUUCUAACCUACGUUUCUCUCUCCUCCUCCUCCUCCUCCGCCUCCUCCGCCGCCGCAUUCGUCUCCUUCCCAAGUUUCCCCCCUCUCAAAUCCAUAUUCUCCGGCCACGCCGCCGAAGCCCCCAGUAACCGACCCGAGAGCAGACCCGCGAACCCCCUAAACGGGUCGAGAAUUGCGGUUUGUUUGGUGGGCGGGGCCCGGAGGUUCGAGCUCACCGGACCCUCCAUUCUGGAAAGGGUCCUUCGGGUUUACGAAAAUUCGGAUCUUUUCCUCCAUAGCCCGUUGGACGCCAAUUCCUACAAGUUUCUACUGCUGAACGACGCCCCGAAAAUUGCGGCCGUAAAGAUAUUCAAACCCACCCCCAUACCAGAGACCGAGUCACAGGUCCGAGUUCUCACCGCCCAAAACUCGCCCAACGGUAUACAGGGCUUGUUGCAGUAUUUCAAUCUGGUGGAGGGAUGCCUAACCAUGAUCAAAGCAUAUCAAGAAAAGAACAACUUCACAUAUGAUUGGAUAAUCCGGACGAGAGUUGACGGGUACUGGUCCGAACCGUUAGGACCCGAGAACUUCGUACCGGGUCGGUAUUUGGUUCCACCAGGUUCGUCUUACGGUGGGCUGAACGACCGUUUCGGCGUAGGGGACUACAACACCUCGGUGGUGGCGCUCUCGAGGCUUUCGUUGAUUCCCCAGCUCGACUCGGCCGGGUUGACCCAGUUGAACUCGGAGACCGCUUUCAAGGCCCAACUUACGACCCAAGGGGUCGUGUUCGCCGCGAAGCGGCUCCCGUUUUGUAUAGUGACGGAUCGGAAGUACGAUUUUCCGCCCGCCCGUUUCGGUGUGCCCGUGGCUGCGAUCUCGAGCAUGGGCCCGCUUAGCGGCGCCAAGUGCCGGCCGUGUAGGCCGGCUUGUAGUGAGACCUGUGUGGGGCCCAUUAUGAGUGGGCUGAAUAAAGGAUGGAGCUGGACAGAGUGGCGGAAUGACACGUUGGAUCUUUGUGACGCGCGCGGCGCGUGGGAGAGUGGGUGGGAGGAGUUGUUUGAUGACGUGGCGGGAGAAAAUCUGGCAGCUGCUAGAAAGAGAAUACGGGCCUUGGAUAUGGGCCGGUGUGUGGAUGGGUUUGAGGAAAUGAAGAAGAAGACGGCCCAAUGGGAUGGGCCCACGUCAGCUGAGAUUUGCAGACUGGGCUUGAAAACCGUGUAAAUUUGUUUUUCCGUUUUUAACCCCCACUAUAGAAUCACAGCAUUUUUCAAUAUACGUCGGUAUAAUUGAUAAUUGACUGAUAUCUAACCAAUUUUACUGCAUUUCGUUGAUAUAUAAUAAAAAAAAAAUUUUACUCCU